CCUUGGGGUCCAUGCCCCACGAUCACACACCCCGGGCUCUGAAGGGAUCCAGUGACGCCGUGAGACGCAGCGGGGAGCGAGCCACUGGCUAUGGCACUGUCCUUGCCCCGCACACUGGGCGAACUCCAGCUGUAUCGGGUCCUGCAGCGAGCCAACCUCCUCUCCUACUACGAGACCUUCAUCCAGCAGGGCGGCGAUGACGUGCAGCAGCUUUGUGAAGCGGGUGAGGAGGAGUUCCUGGAGAUCAUGGCACUAGUUGGCAUGGCGACCAAGCCGCUCCAUGUCCGGCGCCUCCAGAAGGCCUUGCGGGAGUGGGCAACCAAUCCCGGGCUCUUUAACCAGCCGGUGCCCUCCAUACCCGUAAGCAGCAUCCCGCUCUUCAAGAUCUCUGAGUCAGGGGGCCGCAAAUCGCUUACCAAUGGUCAUACCAGCCCAGGAGAGACCCCAGGCAAAGUCAGCGGUACCUCCCCCGCCAAGAGUCCCUCGGAGCCAAGAGAGAAGCUAUCCCCAUUGCCGGCGAUUCAGUGGGGCAAUCCAGAGUCAGAAGAGGAGGCGGGGUCAUCUUCACCCAAUGAGCACCCCUCCUCCACAGAGCAUCUCGAUCCAGAGCUGAUCCAUGCGGUGUCGGAGGGUGUGGAUCGUCUUCUGCGCAGCUGCCCCCGAGGUGGGGAAACAGAGCUGAGGAGCCUCAUGAAGCUGAAUAAGAAGCUGGCAAAAACGGUGGGGCACGUCUUCCGGAUGGACAAUGGGGACCCUCGCAAAGAGGAGGAGAUCCGGCGCCACAGUGCCAUCUAUGGCCGGGGUGAAGCACGGCGGUGUGAAGGCAAGCAGCUCACCCUACAUGAGCUCACUAUCAAUGAGGCUGCUGCCCAGUUCUGCCUGCGGGACAAUUCUUUGCUGCUCCGCCGUGUGGAACUCUUCUCAUUGUCACGCCAGGUGGCCCGGGAGAGCAGCUACCUGUCCUCACUUAAGGGAUCCAGACUGCAUCCAGAGGAGGGCGGUGCUGGGCAAGCCAAGCGGCUCAAGCAGGAGGUGGUGGAGCACAGCCGUCCUGAACUUCCCUUGGUCUGCGAGCCCUUCCUUCCUCAGUACCGAUCCAGCAUUGAGGAAGACACAGCCAGCUUGUCGGGGGAAAGCUUAGAUGGACACCCACAAGCUACAGGAUCCUGCCCUCGGCUUACGCCACCCCCCAACGCUGCUCCUGAUGCACUGCUGAGCCUCCCACCCCACGGACUCUGGAGCCGCCAUAUCUUGCAGCAGACUCUGAUGGACGAAGGGCUACGGUUGGCCCGGCUGGUAUCGCACGAGCGGGUAGGACGGCUCAGCCCAUGCCUGCCAGGAAAAGCCCAGCUUCCAGAAUUCGGGGAAACCCUUUCCGAGCGCUGCCAGCCUCCAGCAGCACAGCCUGAGGUGAGAAGGAACAGCAUUAAGGUGGAACCGGAGACCAGCCGGCAAUGAGUGGCAGGUGACUCGUCAUUCGGUCACCAAGCAAUAAUGUGCCAACCAGCUCUGCACAUCGGAAGGCCUGCAAGGGAGAGGGGUGCAGUCCUCUGCACCACCGCAAGGAGGUGCGCUUGGCUUCUUUGACUGAUGGAGGACUGCCAUACUACCACAACACACAUCCAUUACCCACUCCCAGUUCUCUUCACAAAAUGGAGGACAAGGAAAGUGUGCCAUGCAAAGCAGAAGCCUGUCAUCCUGUUAACUCAGAGAGUGGGGAGGCAUCCUGGUUACAGCCGAUAGCCAUGAGCUCAGGGAGGCCAAGUCUCUGACUGGUUUGGCCCUGCGAGGUCAAGUCUCACUCACAGCCUUUCCCCUCGUGUGGGGCUUGGGACUGUGGUGUACACAGCCAUUUUUUAAAAUAAA